AUGCGAGGGACCGAACAUUUGCCUUGUCGUCCAGAUGUUGCCACUGCCGCGAAAGCAGCGUUUGCAAUUCAACGAUUAGGGAAACGGUGCUGGGUCGGGAAGCCCGGGAUUCCACCCCCAGGAGUCGCCUGGGUCCGCACUCAAGCAAACGUCGCGGUUCCCGAAAAAUACGAACAUGACUUCCAUGUGCCGUAUCUUGGGGAGUCUGACGCCAUGAUAGACUCUUCCAAUACGCUGGCCAUGGAUUUGUUCCAGCAGGACCUUGAGGAGGAUGGAAACGAUUCCGAGAUUGAAGAGUUUAACUACAAUAUUUAUGCUGUCAAUGAGGGGCCUAGCGACAUCCCCAAACCUCCCAAGCAAACUGGCGAUACCCCAAAAAAGGAACUACGUUCUUCCUCUCUCCGCACAGAGGCAUCUCCUACCGAAGUUGCCGAGAAGGUAGUCCCAACAUACAUGCUCAAGCAAGCUAUCCCUGUUUGGGAUCGGGCAGCGAAGCGAGUGGCUCUGCGGGAUAUAAUGGAUCGCUUGGGAACCGAGAAUCUAGAAAGCAUCAAAACCGUCAUCUCCGACGUGUUCAAACUGGAAGGUUCACAUCUCGUCGCAUCUUAUCAAGCAAAUGUGUUAAUGAGAAAGAAACUUUGGCAAAUGCAAUACGACGAGGAGCGUGGGAAGAAAGAGAUGCACGUGGAUGUCGUCAAACAUGCGCGCCGAGAAAUGAAGACUUGCCCAUCAGAUGUCCUGAAGAGCAAGUCAAUACCUUUUUUUGUUUGUCGGCAAUGCUACACUUACGUUUGCUCUUUGCACGGAUAUCAAAAUGACGCUAGACCAGUUAAGAAACCGUACGACAAGUCGAAAAAGGAAGUUCUGGGAGAAGAGGCUGCUGCGGAAAUUGAGGCAAAAUGUGAGGACCACGAUUCUAGCAAGUGUUGGUUUGGGCAGUUGAAUGAAGACGAUUGUGUGGAAUGGGUCUCAAAUCUCGUAGCUAAUCCAUCUUCGUGGAACGACAUCCACUCUGUAGUACGAGAACUCUUUGAAACGUUUGGACACGACCCGUGCAGAAUUACAUCCAUGCUGAAAGCCUUCAUUCCUCAGAUCUCGUCAAAAGUUCGUUUUACGUGCUUCCGAGUGGGGUACUUAUGCCGUCAGUUCUUUUCGCAAACCACUGGUGCAAUGAAAGCCCCCCCCGCCCGUACUAAGAAACCUCAAAGCAAAUGGACUAAGUCAAGAUCUCGACGACCAGCUCAAGAGAUAGAAUCGAUGCAAGGAGGGAAGCGAUUGGACUACGUCCCAUGUCGCCAUGACGGUGCCUGCACAACGAAGAAUUGCAUCUGUAUGCAAAGUGGUUUGCUUUGUGAGAAAUUCUGCGGUUGUAACCACACACAUGUGCAAAACAGGAAGCUGCAAUACACUUGCAGCAAUGCUUUUCGGGGAUGCGCGUGCAAGGCAGCAUCAGCGUGUGCAUCGAAAGCAUGCUUCUGCUUCUCCAUGAAUAGAGAAUGUGACCCAGACCUAUGCCGGCAAUGCCAUGAAUGCCGUGAGUCCCCUCUCCCCAGUGGAAAGAACUGGAGCUGCACGAAUGAAGGUUUGCAGAUGAACGAAAAACAACGGAUCGUCGUGGGCCACUCAAAAGUGCAUGGUUGGGGAGCGUUCGCUGUGCGCGACAUUGCAAAGAACGAAAUAAUUGGAGAGUAUGUGGGCGAGUUGAUAAAGCAAGAAGAGGCAGAACGGCGGGGUAGAGUAUAUGACGAGAUCAACUAUUCCUUCUUGUUCAACACUACACAGGAUUACGCACUUGAUUCGACCAGGAUGGGUAACAAGUUACGCUACUGUAAUCACAGUAUCCGACCGAACUGCGAACCAAAAGUGAUGCGCGUUGGUGGUGAUGUGAGAGUUGGCCUAUAUGCCAAACGAAAUAUUGCGAGGAAUGAGGAACUCUUCUUCAACUACGGGUACAAUGACGGUCCGGCGUGGGCCAUGCAAGGCAAGGGCAAACAUAGCGCGGCUAGCAAGAAGAAAACCGCAAAGCGAGUGUCCCCCAGCGACGCGGAAUCCGAGGAAAUACUCCCUGUGUCCUCUAGAAAACGGAAACAUUUGGAAGAAGACAAUGAUGACGAACACCCGAUUUUGCUUUCAGACGCCGAGGAGGACUAUCCACGGCUUGCCCCACCAAAAAUCACGAUACCUUCUAGACCGAGACAACGAACAAUGCCCAGGGCUGCAGAGGUGAACAGACGCCACUCUGUUAGCGGAAUCGCUGAAGCUCGGAAGUUGUCUGAGGACAGUAUCGUGCAGAGGAGAAGCGUGAACCAUUCGAAUACUGGGGAACCUGCCGUGAUGGGGCGCUCCUUGUGGCGUGGCGUUUUGAGGCGCGUAUCGGGCGGGGCAGCAAAGAUUGUGGAGGCAAACACGGCUAUAUUAUCAGAAAACGAUAAUUGUCCCCUCACUUCGGACAAAGCCUCUGUCGUUGCUGAAUGUCAGAAACAGGAAGACAAUAUAUCCCCCUUCGAUGCCAAAAAGCAGGAACGCCAAAAUUCUUCCCUGGCUUCAGCCACUCGUGCUGAUGAAGGGAUCCCAGCCAAUAAUGCUGCACCGCAAAAAAGUUAUAUUCUGAAACUUGCCGGUUCAAAUGAAUGUUCGGAGAAAGAGGGUAACGUAGUUUCGAGUAAGGGUCCGCUGGCCUUGAAUAACCAUGUCAAAACUGUGGCUUCCACUAUAGCCCAAGAGCAUGCCGACAAGCGGAGAAAGGUUGCGACACCCGAUGAUUUCAAAGAUAAGAGAAUGGAUAUUGACGACGGUGAUGAUGGGAAAGGGGAAAAGCGCCCUGUGGUGUCUCAGCACAUUGCAGGGGUUGGUAGGAUUGCUGGACAAGCAGAAGCCUCUCUUUCCCAUGGUCCUGAGAGUUUUGAAGCACCCAAUGCGCGCGCUAGUGUACCGCACUUAGAUUCCAACUGGGAAAACAACUGCAAUGGUACCACACCGCCAAGCGCAUCGGAAAAGGAGGAGAAUAUUAUCUCCAAGAUAGGUUUACCGGACAAUGAACCUAAAAUCCUUAAUUCGACUUCUCGAAAGCGGACCCGUCCGUCAGAUGGGAAGGAGGGUAGCUACGUUGGGUCCUCUGUCGCUUGUUUGUUUCAAACUACUUUGACGGCGGCAAAACGACAAAAGCUGCUCGGGGCGGACAAGCCGACCCCGUCCGAAUCCCAUGACUAUGACCACGACAUAGCAGAUCACGAGAGGUCGUCAAAGGCACCGAGAAUGAACGGGGUACUUAAACUAUUCACUGAGGGAGAUCGCAGCCCUGCCGCAAAAUUACGGACCAUUGGAUCAAACAAGGAACAAUCCAAUACCUUGGGGCCUAAGCGCUUAUCCCAACCGCAUCCACAGAAACAAGAUGGGCCGUCAAGACCCGCAGGAAAGAAACAAGCCAAAGAGAAUGGUGCACUCGGCUCAAGUGAAGACGAUGGAACGGAUGAAGCAGUGCCGGUCGUAAACCUCGUGUCCGAUGACGACGAGGUGGGUGCCCGUGCCGGAACUAACGAACAUAACUUCAGUAACUGGUUCACGUGAGAAUGUAGAACAGCGUUUUCCUUUUGCUGAGUUAUGCAGCUCGCAAAAGAACCAAUGUAAAACAACAGUAACAAUGUGGCAACGACAGCAUCCAUAAAUCUGUAUUUCUUGCGUUGCCA